GCCGGCCGGAAGCCGCCGGGCAGCGGCGCCCAAAUGAAGCGGGGCCGGAGGGGCGGAGAGGGGGUCGAGGUGCCCGUUCCUUGAGGAAGCCUGACUGCCAUGCCUGGGCAUUGACACUUUUGGGUACAGCUGUUUAAAAUGGCAGAGAGAGGUGGAAAUGAAGAAGUCAUCAACUUGAACAGCUUCCGUAGUCACAGGGGGAAAGACUGGAUAAACCACAGGGAUGAGGGGCUUAUCACAAUAUCAGAUUCCUCAGAUGAAGAAUUACCUCUGGUGAGGGAAACACCAGCAGAGCAGCAGCGUGAAGAAGAUGAUGAUGAUGUAGUCAUCUUGGCAGAGACCCCAAAGAAUCAGCAGCUUCUGCGUCCCAAUGUCAUCAGACCUGCUGCUCAGUGGCAGGGUGCAAACACUGUGGGAGAAGGAGGAUCUAAAAGUGCUGUUGAGCCCUUGAGGAGCAAAUCUGUGCAAGAUGAGAUCUCAGCUUUGCUGUGCCAAGGAGAGCAGUAUAGUGAGGGGGUGGAGAGCAGUGCUGGACCAAGCAGGGGUGAGAAUAUGAACUCUGCCUUGCUGCAGACUGGAGCAUCUGAGCUUAAUGGUCCCAAGCUUGAACUUACAAGUAACCAGGAACCUGGCCCAAGCUUGCUUCCAGCAAUAAAGAUGAGCCCACAGCCUGUUAACAAAGAAGUCAUUAGUCUGGACAAAGGGGACCUUCCACCACAAAAGGAGGAAAAGGUGGAAGUCCAGGGCUGGCAAGGAGAGGACUUGGAGCCAGAGCAAAACCUGGGAGGAGCAGCUGCUGCAACCACCCCAGGCCAGGAGAUCCAGGAGAACAGCCAGCUGGAUCAGCCAUGCUUCCAGCAGCUGCAAGGUGAGCCCCAUGCUGCAGUGAGUGGCUGUGCUCCUCAGCAAGGGCAGCCUGAAGCAGACCCAGGAUCUUUGAGGGCUUAUGGAGAGGAAGCCCCUGGGCCAGCCUUCCCUCGACCUGUACCACAGCAGGAUGGGAUUCCAGGUCCAGCUUCACCCCAGCCAGCACAUCCACCAGAAGAAACAGGUCAGCAGGCAGUGACUGACAAUGAACAGCCAGGUCCAGCAUUCCCUGCACAAGGCUCUCAUGAACUUGCCUCUAGUAAUGUCCCAGAACAAGGAGCUGCUGGGCAGGACCAGGACCUCACUGCACUGCUCAUCAGAGAAACGGAAGCAAGGUUCCCAGAUGUGAAGAAGGAAUAUAUUGAAGAGCUCAUCAGCAUCAAGAACUGCUAUGACUUAAAUGUACUUUGUAACUUUCUUCUGGAAAAUCCAGAUUACCCAAAGAAGGAAGGCAGAGUGGUUUUAAAUCCCAGCAGCAGCCUGCUUGCCAGCCAGGAUGAGACAAAGGUGCAUAAAGUGGACUAUUUUGACUUCUCCAAACUUGCCCCAGUUGAUCAGAGGUGCUUUAUUCAGGCAGCUGACCUCCUUAUGGCAGAUUUCAAAAUGCUGAGCAGCCAGGACAUUAAGUGGGCACUACAUGAACUCAAGGGACACUAUGCAAUCACACGCAAGGCCUUUUCAGAUGCUAUAAAAAAAUGGCAGGAGCUGUCUCCCGAAACCAGCGGGAAACGGAAAAGGAGGAAAGAAAUGAAUCAGUAUUCAUAUAUAGACUUCAUAUUUGAGCAAGGGGAUGUGAAAAUUGAGAAGCGAAUGUUCUUCCUGGAGAACAAGAGGCGGCACUGGAGGUCCUAUGAUAAGCUUUCUCUUCUCCCACCUGUGCUAUUGGAACAGGAAUUCUAUGAACAGAAAGUUAAAGAGAUGGCAGAGCAUGCAGACUUUCUUCUUGCUCUGCAGAUGAAUGAGGAGCAGUAUCAGAAGGAUGGGCAGAUGAUUGAGUGCCGCUGCUGCUACGGGGAGUUUGCCUUUGAAGAGCUCACUCAGUGUGCAGAUGGUCACUUGUUCUGCAAGGAGUGCCUAAUUAAAUAUGCUCAGGAGGCAGUCUUUGGCUCUGGGAAGUCAGAGCUCAGCUGCAUGGAAGGCAGUUGCACGUGUUCAUUCCCCACCAGUGAGCUGGAGAAGGUGCUUCCAGAGAACAUCCUCUGUAAAUACUACGAGAGGAAAGCUGAGGAGGAGGUGGCUGCUGCCUGUGCAGAUGAGCUUGUCAGGUGUCCAUUCUGUAUUCCAGCUCUACUGGACAGUGAUGUGAAGAGGUUCAGCAAUCCCCGCUGCAGAAAGGAGACAUGUCGGAAGUGCCAGGGGCUGUGGAAGGAGCACAUGAAUCUCACCUGUGAGCAGCUGGCUGAGAAGGAUGACAUCAAAUACAGGACAUCCAUAGAAGAGAAAAUGACAGCUGCCCGAAUUAGAAAAUGCCACAAGUGUGGGACUGGCCUCAUCAAAUCAGAGGGCUGCAACCGCAUGUCCUGCCGCUGCGGGGCUCAGAUGUGCUACCUCUGCAGGGCUGCCAUUAACGGGUACGACCACUUCUGCCAGCACCCCCGCUCACCUGGGGCACCCUGCCAGGACUGUGCAAAGUGCUCUCUCUGGACAGAUCCCACAGAAGAUGAUGAGAAGAUAAUCCAGGAGAUUCAGAAAGAGGCUGAAAAGGAGCAAAGGAAGAAAAAUGGAGAGAACAGCUUCAAGCGGAUCGGCCCUCCUGCUGAAAAGCCCAUGGAGAAAAUCCAGAGAAUUGAAGUCAUCCCCAGACCUGUUCCUCAGAACCUCCAUCAGCCCCAGAUGCCCCCUUACCCCUUUGUGCACCCCCCUUUCCCCCUCCCUCCCGUCCGUCCCAUGUACAACAACCUACCCCUCAACAUCGGCCCCAUCCCAGCUCCCUACGUCCCCCCCUUACCCAACAUGAGGGUAAACUAUGAUUUCCCCCAGAUCAAUGUCCAGCUGGAGCACAACUUGCCUAUGCACUUUGGCCCUCAGCCUCGACACCGGUUCUGACCGGCUCCAAAGGAGCCACUGAAGGGCAAAGCCACCCUGGUCAUGUCCCCUCCUCCCCCCCUUCCUGCUCCAGAUCCUCUCGGGUUUUUUUCCAUCUGUUCUUUGUGUCCCCACCCUGCACCCCUCUCUAGAACUUCUCUGGCCCUUUGCAAUCAAACAUUUCAACUUCUGCUGCAACAGGGCUUGGUGCUGCAUUUCCAGGGCUCUCUCUCCCUGGGUUGGGUGUCCAGAUUUUUUGAUUUGCCAAAGCCUGUUCAGGCAGCUGCUGGGAGGGAAAAUGAGACUUGGUGGAGUGCAGAGAUGCAGCCCUUGUUCGGGGACUUUCCAAAAAUCCUACCUUCCUUCUGGCCAGAGCAGCUGCUGCACAGUCAAGUGAGUCUUGGGGGGGAAGGGAGGAGAGACUUGGCAGAUCAGCAAGACCUUCAGGAACAGGGUAGCUGGAGUUGGCUGCCCCAGCUUUCUGCCUGCUGAGAGGCACAAGGAUGGGGUUCCCAUGUCCUCCAGCAUACCUGCAAGCUGCUAGUGCCUCCCAGCAGAAACAAAUUGUUCAAAAACCAACCAAAUGUAGCAUUUUUAGCAUUUCUUGCUCUGCAAGUAGAGUGAGGGGAUGCAGCAGCCAUCUCCUUUGUGAGAGCUUGGUAGGAAGCUCAGAGCCAUGUUCUGUCUCAGGACUUCAACAAGUAGCAGAUUUGGGCACCCUGAACUUGGGUUGAACUGCAGUUUACUCCCUCUGAAGGGCUCAGCUUUUUUCCCCCAAUAGUGGGUGCCUCUCAGCUUCCAAAACAUGGCCUUUGCUUUGCUGUUCCCACCCCAAAUGCUGAAGUCAUGACAUGCUGUUCUCCCCCUGCUUCUGGCAGCAGUCCUCAAAACACCUGGUUAGAAGCACCUGGAGCCUAAGUUGCACCAUUGCAAAAAUUUUCUGGGGCAGAUCCCAGGUCAGAUGUGAAGGCAGUGGUGUGUGCUGUGGCAAAGAAAUUUAGGAACUCUCCCUGUGGUUGUGCCUGCAGGCAGUGGUGUGCUGGGAGCCCCCUUAGCUGAGCCCCCCAUAACCAUGCAGGCAGUUGCAGGGAGCUUGGCUGCAUCCAGGCUCCAGCAAAUGUGUGUUUCAGCUUCCUUGGCUUCAGAAAAGUGUUUGAAAAGGCAAAAGUGAGUAUUACUGGGCUUAGGAAGUGCCAGGGUUUUAAGAAAAGCAAAACUUCCUGGUGAGAAGCUGGGGGUGCAACCACUGGGCUGCAGGAGGAGCCUUGGUAUAAAGCCCUUUUUUCCCGGCAACCUUUGGCUGUGCUGUCUUGUCCAGGCCCCCACCUCUCCUCUAGAAAAAAAAAUGGUUGAAUUAAGGGGGGAAAAAAACCUCCUUCCAGCAAGACUGGGCCAACUUUGAGCAGAGUCCUGCUGUGCUGCCAUUCCCUGGGUGAUUUGGUCUGGACUGCAUCCUGCUUCAUCCUGCUGGGUGCACUUCCCCUCCUGGUGUUGUCCUCCCCCCUGUAUCUGGGCAUCCAAGUGUCUCUUGGUUUUAUUUGCUUUUUCAGGUAAAACUCCCCACCUCCUCUUCCUCCUGGCUUUGCCCAACCCUUGCUUGAAGCUCUUUGUAGCCAGAGUCUCCUUGGGUGAGCAAUGGGCAUGGGGCUGUGGGUGGAAUGCUCUUGGAGAAGAGGCAGUUUCUACCCAUGGUCUGGGACAACAUCUGGGGACUGCUGUCCCCAGGAGGGUCUCCCAGAGGGGACUUCAAUGCCUUUUGGAGCUGGGUCAGCAAUUUCUCCAGUCUGGGGUUGAAGGUGGCCCCAGGAGUGCUGUGUUCCAGCUCCUCAGCACCGUGGUCUCUCAGCAUUAGUUACCAAAUGGUGUCCCCUUGCUGCUGUCACCUUUUUAAUUUAAUUUAUUUUUUGAAGUAGUCUGGAGCUUGGCAAUUGCUGCAGCAGCCAGGAGCAGUGUGUCCCACUGGAUUUGGGGAGUAAUGAGAAAAUGGACCCAGGUCAGGACAAAGGCGAGUGGCUUCCCCUUAGAGAAAAGGAAUCCUGAGGGGUUGGUAACUCAGAUCUUGUGGGCUCCAGGGCUGGCUCUGGUGAGCCCUCCAGGCUUUCAGAAACAUGUGCCUUUCCCUGGCAGGGGCAGGGGGGUUGUGGUUGUCCUCCAGCACCCACCUGUGCAAGGAGGGGAUGAGGAGGCAGGGCUCAGCUCAACUGCAGAACUGGUGGCCCAAACAGCAAAGCAAAUGUGGAAUGGGCUCUUCCAGAGGGCUGUGGAGCUGUGUGGCAGGGAGGCCCCAAAAACUGAGGGUCUGAUCCCAUCUUUUGGUGCACAUCUAGAGAUUUGUGAGCAUCAAGAACGGAUCCUUCCUGCAGAGGGAAGUGCAGAGAUGGAGCGAGGGGGAUGGAGUAGCAUCAGGUAGAGGCUGCGAGGGGAGGAUGGUACUUGUUCCAUCUUCAUGGUUGGGAUGUGAGUGUCUUCUCCUGCCCUGGCACAGUGGUCAUGGUCUAGGGGAGAGAGAACCUCUGUCCCCAUGUCUCCUGCAAAACAACAGACUAAUAAUUUGUGUCUGAGAGGAGAAUCAGUGAUUGCUCUGAGAUGGGGAGGUGCUCUACAGCCAGCAGUUUCUCUCUGCAGUUUCUCUCUUGAAGGAAACUUCCAUUUCACCAAACAUUACUCCAAAGUGUGUGGCUUCACCUCCCUUCUAACCCAAGAGCCCUCCAGCUGUGGUUUCUGACAGACCUGCCCGGGAUCUGGUCCCCAGCUCCUGCAUCCUCUUCUCCCUCCUGCCCCACAGUGCUCGUAACCAUUUGUCCCUGACAGGUGACAAAGGAGGUGGCUGCACCCAGACUCAUCCCCUACCAGGUACUUCUGAUGGUUAAUUGCAGUGUCCCAUUUUACUUGCCUUAAAGGUGGAGAGAGAAACUUAGUAUUUGCACUUAGCAAAACAUUAUAUUAAAAGAAAGAGACCCUGUAAAGAUGUGCAUGUUCUGCAACUUUGUAUAACAAUAGCUGAAAAUAAUAGGUGGUUUAUUAAAAAAAGAAAAAGGAAAAAAAAUUAAAAAAAAAAAAAGCCAAACCCCAACAAAAAAUAUUUUUCUUUACCUUCUGGUAGUUAAAACCCUUCGAAUACUCUGUGUGUACAAAGUUUCCUGUAUUAUAUUGUAAUUUGAAUUUUUUUGUAAAUAAAUUUGU